AUGGCCGGAUGGGACUGCAAACUUUUUUUUUUUAAGGAACCUGCAAAAUCAGCCAAGAGUGGAAAAAGUGGCAAAGAUGGACAAGAUAACCAAGAACAUGAGGUGUCAAACAAGAAAUCAAACAGCACUCCUCCCCCAGCACAACUAUCUAAAAUCAAAGUACCAACACCGCAGACAGUACUGAAGAAAGAAAAGCGGCAGAGUUCGUCAAGGUUUAAUGUUAGCAAUAACAGGGAGCUUCAGAAACUGCCAGCUUUAAAAGAUGUUUCUCCUAAUGCUGUGUUUUUCCGUGGUUAA